CUAGGAAAUGAAAAGUCGGAAAACCCGUGGGCAGUGAAAAUUCUCUCCAGUGUUCUCAUUUUGAGUCCUGCAUACUUCCCUCUUAUCUUCAUUAGUGCCUGUGAAAGACUGUGAGUGAAGAAACUGCAGAGCACGAACAGACGAACAGUAGCGGUUUUAUUUUCUAAUGGCGAAGAAACGUUUCCUUUACUCUGUGUUCGUUUUCAUUGUCAUUCUGGCAAUCGCCGGCGUCGGCUGGAGUCGAUUUAUUACAGAGAGCUCGCAUUCUGAUCUGGUUUCCGAUGGGAUCAAUAAUGCCCAGACAAAAUCUCCGCUCCUACUUAUCAAGAGGCUUCGUGCGUCCGAGAGCUGUGAGAAUACGUACGGUUUCCUCCCCUGCACCACUACGGUUGUUGGAAAUCUCUUCCUCAUCAUUGUAUACGGAUACUUGAUGUUCCUUGCAGCGAGUUACCUUUCAGAUGGAAGUGAGCUUCUGCUCGCGAUCCUUGGCCCUGGUCUCAUUGGUGGUCUUUUCCUUCCUAUUCUUGGUGCUCUUCCAGAUGCCAUGCUCAUCCUUGUUUCCGGACUCUCUGGAAGUAAAGAAACUGCUCAGAGUCAGGUUUUGGUUGGAAUGGGCUUACUCGCUGGAUCAACUGUCAUGCUUCUGACAUUACUUUGGGGAUCUUGUGUUGUUGUUGGUAAAUGUGAUAUUGAGGAAUCAAUUGCAGUAGAUUCACAAGAUACAAAAAGACUAAGCUUAGUUGGAUCUGGUAUUAGUACUGAUAUAUGGACUAGCUAUGCUGCAAGAAUCAUGGUUAUAUCUGUUAUCCCAUUUAUCAUUGUACAACUACCACAAAUCUUGCAUUCAUCUUCUGGAAGACACUUAGCAGUCCUGAUUGCAUUCAUUGUUUCCGUUGCAUUAUUAAUCUCUUACUGCCUUUAUCAGGUCUUUCAACCUUGGAUUCAGCAGAGAAGACUUGAAUAUGCAAAGCAUAAGCAUGUAAUCUCUGGAAUUUUGAAAUAUCUGAAAAAGCAUUCAUUAGGGAAGCUCCUCAAAGAUGAUGGUGAACCUAAUGAAGAUAUUAUAAAAAGGUUAUUUAAGCAAAUUGAUGCAGAUAAGGAUGGACACCUUUCAAUUCCUGAGUUAAGAGCACUGAUUAUUGGAAUUGAACUUGAAGAGAUAGAUUUAAAUCGGGAUGAUGCUGCUGAAAAAUUAAUGAAAGAUUUUGAUCAAUCUAAUGAUAAUUUGCUUAACGAGGAAGAGUUCGUCGAAGGAAUAAAAAAAUGGUUGUAUGAAGCCAAGCGUUCAACAGAUUAUGUUCCUUUUUCUGGUUCUCAUACUUUACGUUAUAUAGAUGGUUUUCAUAAGCAAGCCAGGCAAGAACAUAUUCUGCUUGGAGAUGCCAGUGAUGAUGUCAUAGAGGGUGUUGAAAAUCCCAAGUGGACUUCUAUUAAAGCAGUGUUGAUGUUGCUUCUGGGAACUGCUAUAGCAGCUGCAUUUGCAGAUCCCCUUGUAGAUGCUGUUCAAAAUUUCUCCAGUGCUACAAGUAUUCCUUCCUUCUUCAUCUCAUUUAUUGCAUUGCCUUUGGCUACCAACUCUAGUGAGGCAGUGUCAGCACUUAUUUUUGCCAGCCGAAAGAAGAAGAAAACUGCUUCUUUAACAUUUUCUGAGAUCUAUGGGGCAGCAACCAUGAACAACAUCCUUUGUCUGUCGGUCUUCCUAGCACUUGUUUAUGUGAGGCACUUGACAUGGGACUUCUCUGCUGAAGUGCUCGUCAUUCUUAUAGUUUGUAUAGUAAUGGGUCUCUUUGCUAGCUUCCGCACGACCUUCCCAUUAUGGACCUGUUCGGUGGCGUUUGUGCUCUACCCAUUUUCUUUGGUUCUGGUUUAUGUUCUUGACUAUGUAUUUGGGUGGUCAUAGACUUGUCAAAUAACAAGAGGCAAACUGACGGUAGAGAUUCCUAAUCAAAUCGUCCUUCUAGGCUUCUACCCCCACCCCCACCCCCUCCACUUUUUCUGCAGAUUCCUAGUGUGUAUUUUCUUUUGGUUCAUGGCCUAGUGUGUAUUUCUUUUAGCAAGUCUUUCGCACCUUGUGGAAAUGUUUACCAAGAUUGACAUUUUAUAUAAAUCCUGAAAUAUUCUGUUGCA